AUGGAGACACUCUUUGGUCCACGCGCCAUGAUGGAAACCAUAUCAGUUAUGCAUGACACGAUCAGACGCACUAGAGCCAAUAGCCCACCACCCCGGCCACAGCGCAAUUCUUCGAUCUUACCAAGCUUUGCUGGUAUGUUAGAAAUACAUCCAACGCAUCUAGCAGACCCGGCUGGUCCAGUUGAACCUGGUAUCAGAACAACAAGAGAAGGCGAACCCGCUUAUGGAGCGGAUUUCUUCUGGUUUCCGCUUGACCAUCCAGCCAGAGAUGGAGACCAUCUAGUCAGAGCUCAUGCAACUAUACCUCACCCAGCUGGAGAUGCACCGCCAGAGGGUGCAGAAAUGCCAGAUUUCAUAGAUACACACGAAUAUUUGAGUCCGGAAGUAGACAAUAUUCGGCUACUGGUGGAACGAUUUAGACAGGAACUAUCAAACGGAAACGGCACGGCAGCUCAGGCCCCGGUUCAAAACCCUUUCGCGAGAUUAUCAGCACUACUAAACCUACGUGGUGAUGUUGGUGAUGCUGUGUAUUCACAGGAAGAAUUCGACCGAGUGCUCUCAGAGAUGAUUGAGAACACAACUGGAGCCGGUGCUGCUCCAGCACCCGCUAGUGCCAUUCGAUCCUUACCAAAGAAAAAUAUUGACGCAGAGAUGUUGGGCACUGAGGGGACUGCAGAAUGUUCUAUCUGUAUGGACCAUGUGGAGCUUGGCACCGAAGUUGUUGUGUUACCCUGCAACCAUUGGUUCCACUACAACUGCAUCCAAGUCUGGUUAAACCAGCACAACACAUGCCCUCAUUGUCGUCGAAGCAUCGGCUCUGGAGAGUAA